AUGAGAUUCACGUGCAACCAAAUGCAGUUUCUAAGCUCCGAGCACUUUCGGGUGCUGCUUGCAGUGGAAAUGGGAAGUAAAAACCACGAGUCAGUUCCUUUGGAGCUAAUCGGCAAAAUAGCCAAGUCAAACUGUAACAUAGAUAGUAUUAUAACAGACUUGGUAAAACAGAAGUUCAUAAAGAGGAUGCCCAGCAUAAACACGGGAUACGAAGGAUACGCGCUGACGUACAAUGGAUACGACAACCUGGCGCUGCACGCCCUGCAGAAGGAGGGGAUUAUCCAGGGUCUUGCCAACAAAAUAGGCGUGGGGAAGGAGUCCGACCUGUUCCUGGGGCUGUCUCCGGACCAGAAGCUUCUGUGCGUGAAGAUACACAAGCUGGGAAGAGUCUGCUUCAAAACCGUAAAAAACAACAGAGACUACCACGAGAACAGAAAGCACGCCUCCUGGAUGUACAUGUCCCGCCUCUCCGCCCAAAAGGAGUACGAGUACAUGAAGGAGAUGUACGAGAAAAGGCUCCCCAUGCCAAGGCCGCACUCCCAGAACAGGCACAUCGUUGUCAUGGAGUACCUGGACGGGUACACUGCCAUGUCUAAGCUCCAAAAGUCUGCAAAGAUCAUCCCGCUCGCCCUGAAGAGCACUCUUCUCUCGAUCAUAGACAGAAUCGAGCAGCUAGGGUACGCACACGGCGACUUCAACGAGUUUAACAUUAUGGUGCGAGACGACUUUAAGCGGGUGAAGGUCAUAGACUUCCCGCAAAUGGUCCCUCUGAAAGACCCAAAAGCAGCCGAGUACAUAAAAAGAGACAGAGAGGCAAUUGAGACGUACUUUAAGAAUUUCCAAUAA